GAGAAGCUGUGGGGUUGAAGGCGGGGCGCGCGGCUGCCAAACCGGCCAAUAGGCGGCUCUCCGGCGGCGCAGAGAAGAGUCUGCAAGGGCGCUGCCGCUAGAACCGCCGCCUCCCGUUUCCACUUGCUGAUGCACAGCCCGGGUGGCUCCGCUCCUCCCGGCGCAGAGGGGCCCGAGGAGGCCGGAGGCGCGGACUCGGAACAGAUUUUGGAGGAAGGGGAGAGGACAGGCGCCCCACCUGCUCUGGGAGGGUUGGUGAACGAUGAAGGGCCGGUGGCGGCGGCGCCGGGAGUACUGCAAAUUGGCGAUGUUGCUGGUGCUGUACACGCUGGUGCUGCUGCUCGUCCCCUCCGUACUGGACGGCGGCCGUGACGGGGACAAGGGCACCGGGCACUGCCCGGGCCUGCGGCGCAGCCUGGGAAUGUGGAGCCUGGAGGCGGCGGCGGCAGGCGAACGCGAGCAGGACGCAGAGGCGCUGCCGGCCGCAGAGUGGGGCGGGGGCUUGUCCCUGAGGUCCCCGGGCAACCUUAGCGGCGCCAUUAGGGAGGCGGUGUCUCGCAAGAAGCAGCACAUCUACGUGCAUGCCACCUGGCGCACCGGUUCGUCGUUCCUGGGAGAGCUGUUCAACCAGCACCCGGACGUUUUCUACUUGUAUGAACCCAUGUGGCAUCUGUGGCAGGCGCUGUAUCCGGGCGACGCCGAGAGCCUGCAGGGCGCGCUGCGCGACAUGCUGCGCUCGCUCUUCCGCUGCGACUUCUCGGUGCUGAGGAUGUACGCGCCUCCUGGGGACACUGCCGCGCGGUUCCCAGACGCCACCAAUCUUACCACAGCCGCCCUCUUCCGCUGGCGAACCAACAAGGUCAUCUGCUCGCCGCCGCUGUGCCCGGGCGCACCCCGUGCCCGCGCCGAAGUCGGCCUCGUCGAAGAUGCCGCCUGCGAGCGCAGCUGCCCACCCGUGGCUCUGCGCGCCCUGGAGGCCGAGUGCCGCAAAUAUCCUGUCGUGGUCAUCAAGGACGUGCGCCUUCUCGACCUGGGCGUGCUGGUGCCUCUGCUGCGGGACCCCGGCCUCAACCUGAAGGUGGUGCAGCUUUUCCGCGACCCGCGGGCCGUGCACAACUCGCGCCUCAAAUCCAGGCAGGGGCUGCUGCGCGAGAGCAUCCAGGUGCUGCGCACCCGCCAGAGGGGCGACCGCUUCCACCGCGUGCUGCUGGCUCACGGCGUGGGCGCUCGGCCAGGGGACUCAGCCCGAGCGCUGCCUGCCGCGCCGCGCGCUGACUUCUUCCUCACCGGCGCGCUCGAGGUGAUCUGCGAAGCCUGGCUGCGCGACCUGCUCUUCGCGCGCGGUGCGCCCGCCUGGCUGCGGCGCCGCUACCUGAGGCUGCGCUAUGAGGACCUGGUGCGGCAGCCGCGCGACCAGCUGCGCCGCCUGCUGCGCUUUGCUGGGUUGCGCGCGCUUGCUGCGCUCGACGCCUUUGCGCUCAACAUGACGCGCGGCGCAGCCUAUGGCGCCGACCGGCCCUUCCACCUGUCGGCCCGCGACGCCCGCGAGGCGGUGCAUGCCUGGCGUGAGCGCCUGAGCCGAGAACAGGUGCGUCAGGUGGAGGCCGCCUGCGCUCCAGCCAUGCGUCUGCUGGCCUACCCUCGCAGCGGAGAGGAGGGCGAUGCUGAGCCGCCCGGGAACCAGGAAACACUGCUGCUGGCAGAGGCCGACGGCGCCACAUAGCCCCCCACCCGCCUCCCCGGGGCGGAUCCGGGUCAGUCACCAUGAACCAGGGCACUCAGCAUGUUGCCCCAGCUCUGGAGAAGCCACAUUGUGGAGGCAAUCUGUCACAUUGUCAGAGACUGGGAUUUGACUGGGUACCAACUGCUGUGCAAUUCUGCAGAGCAGGAAAAUCAGGAGCUGUUAAAUAAUGAUUGACACAUUGGUCGAAAUGAAGUUUCCAGUAAAGAAUUGACAGUGCAAUGUGAAUAAUUAUGGCCAUAACUUACUUAGGAAGAGCGUUGGUUCCCAGCCUGAACUUGCCUCUGCUGGAGCCAUUUCAAUAAGGCAUUCUCAGAACAAAGAAGAGAUGUGAUUUGGUACCAUUUCCCAUCAGCAGGUGUCUGGACAAAACAUCAAUGUGAAUAAGGGCCAAGUGCAGCCCUGUGUAUCUUGAUUAAAUUACUUAGCAGUAAAUAAAAGAUUUGAGGGUAUUGUUUUAGACCUGACUUAUCCAGUUUUUCUUCCAAUAGCUCCCCCUGCCCCAACCCUGAUUUUUUAAAAGUACAUUUCUCUCCCUGGGGUGGGAGAACCCUAAUGAACUAAAAUAAGUUUUUGCUUUUAAAUUGUUCUAUCUGGUGUUUUUGUAAUUAAUUAUUAAAAGACUCUGGAGUCAUUGGUAAUGACAA